UGGUGGUGGGGAUGGGAGCAGCUGGAGAAGCGAAGGGGAUGGGGGGACAGCGUGCUUGGGCUGCUCUGUUUUAAUUAGGGUUAAUUGGAGCUAAUGCUUUGUAGGCUCUGGCAUGCUGGUGAAAAAAUAAAAAUCCCGAUGGAAUUUAUCCUGCAUCCCCCGUGUUGCUGGGGGGGUGGGCUCGCCGGGGAGUUUGAGAUGCCCAUUUUGAUGCUCAGCUCUCCUCCGGUUUGAGUUGCAGGGCCAGCGUAAAUCAAAUGCACAGCAACUACUAUUUACCAAAAGAUUGCUGUUCCUCAAUAAUUAAUUAGCAUGCUGUUCGAUAGCUGCUGCAUAACGGCCCCCCCACCCCACCCCCGAUGUGUUGCUGGAGUUGCCUGGCUGUGGGACCCUCAUGCCUCCCCCAUACUGGCUCUGGAGCUGCAUCAGCCUGUUUACCUCAGGUUCCCAGGUGUACGGGAGAUAAGGGGGUGUAUAGCUCUGGGAGGCAGAUGAGCUGAGCCCAAGCCUGGGGUGAAGGAAGGAGCAUCAGUGUUAUAAAUCUAUGGUAAGAAGGUGAGCCAGAGCCUCUCUUAAGUGGUUAUUAGGGAGCCUUAAAAAAGUGUGAAAACGCAAAGGGUGGUUGUUGUGCUUCAAACCUUUCUCCUGCUCACCUCGAAGUAGUGGUUCCAGCCCCGUGGUGAGGCUGGUGUGGCCAGACUGAGAGUUUGGGCUGGAUUUGUGUGGUUCAGGGUGUGGGAGAAGAUGUCUUUUUGGAGCAGGAGGGACCUCAGUCCCUGGCACCGCAGGGCCAGCCUUGGGAAUCAGAAGAGAUGAUUUCCUCUGUGACGGAGCACUUCUUGUGGCAGGGUCUUGCUGGGAGAGGCCAAGGGGAGCAGGGCAAAGGGCAGUGGGAUGUGCAGCCAGCCAGGCUGGGAGGGAAGGGUGAGGUUAGGGAGCUCUCUGGCCCCUUUACAGUUUGUCCAGAGCUUUUUACUUAUUAAAAAAAUUAAUAAAAAUUUGGAGACAGUAUAUUAGCUCAGGCAACUUCAGCUGUUGUUAAUAGUAUCACUUGGCACUUGCCAGCUUGCAAAAGUGAUAAACUUCCUGCUGGGUGCCCCGUUCAAAGGGCAGCUGGGGAAAAAUAACACUGCAGCAGCGGCACAGCCUUUGCCCCGCUGGGAGCUGAGCUUUCCCUGCAGCUCCGCGCUGGCCCGUCUAAGCAGGGUCAGCAGCUUUUCUCAGCAGUUUUUCUCAGCAGCUUCACGGUGGACUCCAUGGCACGGCCGUGCGGAGCUUUGCACCGUACCCAGUUCAUAAUGUGCUGCGUUAGGGCUCCUGCAAACAGAAUGGGGGCUCAGACCUCUUUCAAAUGCCUUUUCCUUGCUUCUUGUGUAGGUGUUCAGCUGCUUUGUUGAAUGGCAGGGCUCGGUGCAUUGUGCUGGGGGAGCAGCACUCCUGGGACAGCCUUGCACGGUGCACAGUGCGUUGCCCUGUGAAGAGGGGGCAGCUGGAUAGUGAGGAUGGAGGCAGUCCCAAAGGCAGGGAAUUUAAACAGGCUUUAAACAACUAGACCAAGCUUCGCUGUUUCUGUGAGCAGUGGGAAACGUUUCCUGCAGGGCUUACCUGUGCAGAUUCUCUGGUGGCUAAUAAUGUGGUUGUGCUCAAGUCAAUACCUCAAGUGUGCAUGAUGGGUGCUGGCAGUUCUCCUGGCCCUGCCUGCUGGCUUGCAUGGAGCUCCUGGGAACUUCAUAACUGCGCGGCAGAGUGUGAACAGAUUUGUUAGCUAUGAGCACCUGGAAGCUGUUUUGCUGUGGCAUCCAUGAGGAUGAAGAACUGUGAAGCCUCCAGCCCCAGGAGUGCCUGGGCACAGGGUACAGCAGCGUGCCUAUGGGAACAGCCUGUCAACAGAGCCACCCGGCAUCGCCAGAGCCAUUUUCCUCUUCAUCUUUCUUCUUCAUCAUCACCCCUCUCCAAGGGUGGCCCUGAAACACCCUAUGUGCUGCAGGGACACGCAGGAACAGAGAUGUUGCGGUGUCCUCCUUUAACCAUGUGGCACUUUGCUGCUGGCUGUGUCACCUCAGGUGUCUCAGCCAGAGCAUUUUCAGUGCUUGGUCAAAAUUUCCAAGGGACCCCAUUAGACCUCUGUGUUUUACCCACUGCCAUACAGAGCAGCACUCCUUGCUCAUGUCCAGUCUCAUUUUUACUUCUUACUGGCUGUUUGUGGACUAGAUUUGGAUAGUGAGUGGGCAGAGGACUUUUCUUUAAAGGAUGUCUGAGUAAACUCAGAAUAACUUUCUUUGCCUCUCUUUCUUUUUUUUUUUCUUUUUUUUUUUUUUUUAAUCAGAGACAGAGUCAUAUCAAAGUAAAACUAUUUAAUUUUUUCCUUCCUGAUGAGUGACUGUGUUUUCAAAAGUGUUGAAGCCACACUGAGUACAUAAAAACACUGGUGCCAGUGUGUUUUGCCCAGCUUGUAUGGGCAGGUUUGGUGAUGAGUUGUGCCCAUCCUCUUUGAGAAGCAGGGUAUAUCCCUUCUGACGCUGAUGUUACAAAACAGCACGACUGAGCUUUUCUGGAAAAAUACUACAAUUUUCCAUUCAUGCUUGGAAGACCCCUUUGUAGCUCUGUGCAAUGAACAUUCCACAGGCACCUCACUGCCUUUCAUUUAAUGCUCAUUUCCUCUCGUGUCACACAUGCGAGCAGCCCUGCCAGACAAGAUUUGAGAGCGAUAGUAGAGGGGAAAGCUUAAAUUGCUGCUAAAUACUGGCAGAUCCUGUUAUCCAAAGCUACUCUGUGAAGCAAGGAUGCCUGCAGAAAGGGAGUUUGUGGUUAGACAAAUUACGUCAAAACAGCAUGAGCUGCAUGUUAGGGGAUGCAGUCGAACCAAAUGGGGGGGAGGGGGGGCAGGUCCAAAGGGUUUUUCUUCAAUUUAGAAAAUUCAAAUUGGCAUUAAAAACCACAGGAGACAAGGUGACAUCCAGGACUCAUUAAAGUUGUUAACUAACCUCUUACCGCUGUAGCAUGUGAAAUAACUGCAGCUGAUAGAGACAGGUCCCCGUUGUCAGCUUCAGACAGACAAGAGCUGCUCUUGUGGACCCUGCUCCUGCAGACUGAGGGUUGGUCCCAGAGCCUAGGUUUGGUGCCAGGUUGGAAAUUAGGUUGGAAAUGCCUACCUGAAAGGAUGAGAAAUCAGCAUAUUGAAAGAAAAAAAAUUUCUAAAAAUCUACUAUUUUUUUUUUUUUUAAAAAGGCUGUUUUGUAAGUGCGGUGCCUGAAACCACCCAAUGCAGUAUCUUUGUCCUGUCACUAACUUUCACAUGUGCUCCUCUUGGUAAUAUUCAUAAUUAAGGCAAUGGAUCCAAGCUCUGAGCAGUCAGAGGAAACUUAAAAGAAGCUAAUUGAAAUAAAUUCAAAUAAAAAUAAAAAAUCUCUUUUUGCACCUUCCUGCUUUCCAUUCUUGCUAUUUAAUGUGCUCAUUGCCAAGACCUGGCUGAGAGCUGCUCAGUCCUGGGCAGGUGGAACAGCUGAUGUGAAUCUCCUGAGCAAUUCAAGGUAAGUGCUUUCUGUGGUGAGGACCUGGUGUGAGCACGUGGAGCGCGGCCAGGGAGAGACCCACUGCGUGGGAAAGGUAUGGGAUGAGGGAGAAGAGGAGAAAGGGCGGAGAGAGCAGAGUGUGGGUGGAAAAGUCUAACCAGACCUCCAAGAGAUGCUCCGAUGGUGUGUAGGUCUCUGCCCUCAGUGUCCCUUUCCCUGCCAGGGCUCAGCAGCAGGAGCAAGAAAGGGAGCAAGGCUGCAGUAUCCAGCUGAGCUGUCUCAGCCAGGCUGCACAUUAAGGUGCCCCUCUGAGGAUCACCCCACACUCCAGCUGGAGAACAUCAUGCCUGGGGCUGCACAAGGUGGCCAGCUGGGAUGGCCAUGUCUCCUCCUGCCAUUGCUUUGUGGGCUUGCUGGAGCUUGCUCUUGCUGCCCCACGGCCUUACCUUGGCCACCUGAUGUUUUACUGUUGUGGCUGCACGGAAGUCAAUGCUGGAUUUGGAAAGAACCUGUCAGACAGGCCCUGUUUGGUUAAACUCUCUUUUGCCUCUUCCAGCCCCAAACCACCACCCCCUGAGGGUGUGAAGUCCAACCCCUCCAAGCGGCAUCGAGACCGGCUCAACCAGGAGCUGAGCAAGCUGAUGGGUUUGCUGCCCUUCCCUGAAGAUGUGCGCACCAGGCUUGAUAAACUCUCCAUCUUACGGUUGACUGUCGGAUACCUGAAGGUGAAGAGCUACUUGAUGGCCACAGCUACAAACACUGGUGACCGCAUGCUGGAUCAGCCCAGGGGCCCAGGAGGGAACAGUUGGACUGACCCACAGGUCGACAGGGAGCUGUUUCCUGAGGGGGAACUGCUGCUCCAGGCACUCAAUGGAUUUGUCAUCGCCGUGACAGGAGAUGGCUACAUCUUCUACAUCUCCCCUACUGUGCAGGACUACCUGGGCUUUCAUCAGUCGGAUCUCAUCUACCAGAGCGUGUAUGAGCUGAUCCAUACGGACGACAGAGCUGCCUUCCGCCACCAGCUGCACAGAGCCCCGGUGCCUGGCAGCACCCAGCCUGCUGAUGAUGAUGCCUCUCCCAGCGAGCAGCCGCUGCUGGCUGGAUGCAGCGCUGUGUCCAGCCCCCAGCACCUCCAUCCUGAGAAGCCCUCCUUUGUGGAGAGGAGCUUCACCUGCCGCUUCCGCUGCUUGCUGGAUAACUCCUCGGGAUUUCUGGCCUUGAAUUUCCGCGGGCGCUUGAAAUUCCUUCUGGGGCAGCAGAAGUCAGCAUUGGACAAGUCACCGCUUGCUCUCUUCGCCGUCGCGACUCUCCUCCAGCCGCUCUCCAUCCUGGAGCUUCGGACCAAGAUGCUGAUCUUCCAGACAAAGCACAAGCUGGACUUCACUCCCGUGGCCUGUGAUUCCCGGGGGAAGGUUGUCCUGGGGUACACGGAAACGGAGCUGUGCAGGAGGGGGUCCGGGUACCAGUUUGUGCACGUGGCUGACAUGAUGCACUGUGCGGAGAACCACGUGAGAAUGAUGAAGACAGGGGAGAGCGGGCUGACGGUUUUCCGGCUGCUGACCAAGAAAGGUGGCUGGGUGUGGGUGCAGGCCAAUGCCCGGCUGGUGUACAAAGCAGGCAAACCCGACUGCAUCAUUGCCCGGCAGCGAGCCCUGUCGAAUGAAGAAGGGGAGGAACAUCUGCGGAAGAGAAACCUGCAGCUGCCUUUUAGCUUUGCCACGGGGGAAGCAGUCUUGUACGGGAAUGACCUUCCCGAAUUCCUGGACUCCUUCCAGGCUAAGGAGGAGUUGCAGACACAAGCAAACUCGCACUCAAAGCAGCGCUCAGUAGACCCCAACUCUCUUCUUGGGGCCAUGAUGAAGCAAGAUGCAUCCAUAUACAUCUCCCACACUGAUGUGCCUCAGUUCUCCUUGCCAGAUGUCAUUGCUGAGCCCACUGGACUGAGCCAGAAUGAGGAAGCUGGUGAUGCCAGAGAGCACAGCGACUCCCUCCUGGUUGUUAUAGAAACACUCUUUGAGAAGAGCAAGGUGAAUGGAAACAUCUGCCAGACCCUCCAGAGCCUCAACGUGGACAAUGCAGAACUGCAGCGCUGGGAGGAGGCUCUGCUCAGCUUGGGUGCAGAGGAGCCGCCAGCUCAGGAGGGUGGCGAGAGGCUGGCCACCGAGGUGGUGCCCUAUGAGGAGCAGAUGCUCCUCAGUGAGGAUGCUGGGAAGAGCAUGGACUUCCCGCACUGCCGUGCAUCACUCUGCGAUGAGGAAAACAGUGCUGCGGCUCAUUUCCAGCACUGCCGGGCAAUGAAUUCAGCUUUUCAAGGCCCACCACAGCCCCAGGCACCUGGUGCACAAGGCCAAGAUGCUGUGGUCUCUCUAGUCUCCAUUACAUCUGAGGUCAGCACUGCUCAGCCAGAACAGCAGGUCCUGUUUCACUCAGCCAGGCUGAUGGGGGGAACUGUUCUGGAUGUCCUGGUCUCCAGCAGCAAGUCCUCUGUAGCACUUCAGCUGGCAAACCCGGGACAAGUGCUUCAGGCAGAGGUUGCUACCUCUGCUCCUGUAGAUAACACUAUUCCUAAUGAUCAGAGCCAGCCCGGGUGCAAGCUGGUGGGCUCAAGCUGCCCACCUCCGUUGCACUCAAACACGCUGGUGACUCAGUGGCACAGUGUCCUGGUCCAGGCAAACCCAGCUAAUGCUUUGGGCCAGAGUGCUUCUCCUGGAUGUUGCCCACCAGAGGCCUGGAUGGCCGUAGCUCCGAAGCAGCUGGAAGUGUCAGGAACGCACAUGGGUUCACAAACUCUGCUGGCUGGCAGCCCCGAGAGCUCCCUGGGGGCUGGGCUGUGGUUACUGCCCUCCCAGCCUGCUCCUUGCCCUGCACAGGGCUUGCAUGAAUCCUUGUUCUCUGGGGCUGGGGACCUCUGUGAUGAGGAGGCUGUUCUCCCUGCACGAGCAUCAGCACCCUUAGGAGUCAGCCAGCUGUCAGGGGAUGGUGGCAUCCCCAAACAGCCGCUCAUACCCCACCUAGAGCCCAGCAUUUCCUGGGCAGGGGAGCAGGCAGCGCUCCGAGAGGACAAGCGGCUCACGCAGCGCCAGCCGUGGCUGCUGCAGGCUGGGGCAGCUCCUCAGAGAUGCAGCGGGGCAGGUUCAGUGCAACACAGCGGGCUCCUGCUGGGGUCCAACACGGGUCCCAGCACCCACCAGCUGGACCACAUUGUGCUGCCUGAGUGCCAGUAUAGAAGUAGCCUUUUUGAGAGCAGCUUUCUUAGGGAUGCUGCUAAAAUAUCCCUUCCCCAGCAGCUGGGUGCUUUGCCUUGCCUCAGUGAGAGCCACCGUGGAGCAUCAUGUUCCUCACCAGGCUCAGUUUUGAGGUGCCCAGCAGCUCUCCCUGCAAAGGUGGGUGCAGAAGCACUGCCCUCCUCUGAGCGGGGCCCUGGCUUCCCAUCAGCAUCCUUUGCCGGCGGGCAGCCACGCUGCGCCUGCGAGGUCCAGCCCAAGGUGAGGUGUGAGGGCUGCAGGACCUGAGGGGUGCACCAGCUCGCAUGGAUGGAGGGAGGGGUGGUGCCAGGGGAAUGCAGGCACAGCAUCGUUCGUGGGCAGCCUGGUUUGAAGCCUUACUGUGAACUAGGAGCCACGUUUUGAAAACCCACCUGCAAUUACGAGCUCUUCUGGCCGUGCACAUCUGUGAGUGGUGCUCCAUGCUUCUUGGUUGUUCAGGAUUUUUUCUUCCAGUGCCUGAAACGAGGUGCCCUAGCAGAGCUUUCAGGCAGUCUAGGAUGAAGUAAUUUAUUGGGUUUUUUGUCUUUUGGUUUUGGGGUUUUUUUUCCUAUGAUACUUUCAGGGAGACGCAGCCAUGCCCGUGGGGAGGUUUCUCAGACUCGGGGUCCGAGGAAGGACCCUGCUUGCUGGCCUGCGCACUCAUUGCAGCCUCUUGCAGAUGGACCUGCUGCCUUACAGGUGUGUAGCACUGAAUUGCUGUUUCUCAAUGCAGCAUGGUCUCCUCAUCACCUGUAUGAGUGGACCACCCUUGUCACAUUGCUGUUCAGUCCCCUGCAUCAUCUCAGCCUGCCUGAGUCCCUCUGCUUUGCUCCUUGCUCCCUCCCUCCUGAGCUCUCCAUCUCCCCUCCUCCUCCCAAGCUCAUGGUGAUGUAGUUCCUUUAGGAAAGGGGAUGCUACCAAGCACUUGGAGAAGCUCAGCAGCAUCUGAAGGGUCUCUGUGGGAGGUGGAGUUGGUGAGAGCAGAGGCAGGUCAGGGUUUUGGGCUCUUCAGCAGCUUUCCUGGAGAAUUUGGGAGAAGCAGGUAUCAAGCUGUUGUGACCUUUCUGGGCAGCAGGGUGGGGAAGCUCCAACCAAACGCCCCUUGCAUUUGUGACUGGCUUGUCGUUGCCUUCUCCGCUGUGCCGUCAGGCAGAGGGGUGAUGGGGUUUACUCCUGCAGUUGCUCAGGGUGGUGUGGUUUUGCCAAAGCAGUGAGAACGGCAGAAAGGGAUGCAGUGACUGUCUUCUACCUCUCCACUUUGGACCAACUUUGUGCUUUUCAAACCUUUGUCCUGGAGACCAGCAUAACCACUUCAUUGAAUUCUCUUUCUUUUGUACUUUUUUAACCUAAGAUGUGACUUCUUUUUUUUUUUCUUUUUUUUUUUUUCCCCCCUGCCAUGGGGCAAAUUCUCCCAGAUCCAUCAGGGGAAACCUGAUGGGAGGUAUGUGGUAGGUGUGUGGUGUGAUUCAAGGUCAGACACAGCAAGCCAGCUUGGUCAGAGUAACUGGGGGCCUCCACAUCUUCCCCCCUCGCACCUGCCACCCUGAGCAUCACAUCUGCCUCUCACACCAUUAAGCGUUUAGUUUGCCGAGCAAGUGAAAUCAGGUAAUCAGUGCAGGGCUAGCCCAGCAGCAGGCUUGCACAUGUACUGGUGUGGGGUGGCCUGAUCUCCCUAGGUCUCUUGCUUUGUGCCCUGCUUUGUCUCACUGUGCUGGGGCUCCCGGGGCUGCUGACAGGGCAAGAUGGGGCUCAGGAAGUGUCCUGGCUGCAGGCUGGGAGCCAAGCGAUGCUGGAGAUGUGCCAGACAUCUCUGAAGUGGCCUUGGAGGAGCACCGAGGGUGGGGCAAGGAGCUGACUCGUGAUGAUAGGGAGCCUUACACAUCAAUGGACCCAAAAAGCAGCAGGAUGGACUCCACUCACCAGCCUUUGCUGUCCUGGCACGUGUAAGAUGAUGGGAAAUAGUGCAUGGCCCCAGGCCAGGGUCCUGCAAGAGGUGUGCCUUGGGGAGGGGGCACCCUGCCGGGCUCUGCUGGUUGGGGCCAAGAGAGACCCCUGGUGCUGCGUUACUUGUGUCUUACCUCCUCCUACGUUGUGUGUGUGCAUAUAACAUCUAUUUUCGUGGCAGUGUCUCAUUUUACGCUUUAUGAUUUCUUUGUAUUGCUGUUGGCAGACAGAUGAUGCUGAGGAGAAAAAGAUGUCCUGAAACUCACCCCCUGUAUUUGGUUACGUAUUAAAGGGCGAUUUGCUUUGUA